GUUGAUGUGUGUAUCUGUGUGUUUUAUCCAUUAACCACUAAAUCCCACUACUCGCAGUUACCAGUGUGCUUCCUGCUUGAAAUCACAGCACAGUCAGGAUCCUAUCAUCAUGCGCAGUCCUGGCUUUUUGUCCCUCUCGGCCACCCUAUCCUGGACUGUCUCGUGACCGUCUCUGGCCAAUCACAGCUGUGACUGCACAGGGAUAACAACAAAACACAAAUGCAUCAGAGCGAGAAUUCUAAAAUAGUGUUUUUCGAUUUAUUUAUUUAAUGCAGUGUUCAUGGCUCAGUCACACGAAACAAAACGGGUUAGCGCCCCCGGCGGUCGCAGUACAGCCGUUAGCUGUUAGCGACAUUAACGCUAGCUUUUUGACAGGACGCUUCGAUGUUUCAGGAACGUUAACACCGUUAGCUAGUUGUUGAUGUUAACGCCAUGGCUAAUGACGCUACACACUGACGGCUCUCAGGUCCUCUGCAGAGAUAUGGAGGCUCUAACAUGCUAGCACCAUGUUCAAGAAUGUGUUCGGCUCAGGGUUCCUGGUGAGGACAGCUCAUGUGAUUCUGACAUGGGUCAUCACCCUCAUACUCUUCCUGCAUGAUACAGAGCUGAGGCAGCAGGAGGAGACGGGGCAGCUGGUCCAGCCGGUUCUGUUCGUGCUGCUGGUUCUGGGCUCGGUGCUGCUCUACUUCGCUGUUUCCCUCAUGGACCCCGGCUUCAUCCUGUCUGAGGACAGAGACCUGCAGUUCACGCUGGGAGUGACUGAGGAGCAGCAGGACAUGAUCCCCCCCACCACCAAGUCCCUGAGACAGCGGCGCUGUGGACACUGCCUGCUGCAGCAGCAGCCGAUGCGGUCGAAGCACUGCCAGACGUGUCAGCACUGUGUGCGGCGCUACGACCACCACUGCCCCUGGAUCGAGAACUGUGUGGGAGAGAGGAACCACCGCUGGUUCGUGCUCUACCUGGCUGUGCAGCUGCUGGUGCUGCUGUGGGGGGUGCACAUCGCCUGGACGGGCUUCAGCGCGGCCCCCAGCUGGCAGCAGUGGCUGCGGUCUGACGGGGUUCUGCUGGCGGUGGCCGCGCUGCUGGCUCUGCUCUCUCUCGUGGUGCUGCUGCUGCUCGGCUCCCACCUCUACCUGGUGUCUCUCAACACCACCACCUGGGAGUUCAUGGCGCGCCACCGCAUCUCCUACCUGAAGCACUGCGGCGCCGACGAGAACCCCUUCGACCGCGGAACCUUCCACAAUCUGUGGGGUUUCUACUGCGUGUGGGGGACCGUGGUGUGGGAGCAGGUGUACUUCAGGGAGGGCAGCGACCAGGUGUAGGAAUACAUGGCGAGCAUGAACACUGACAGAACAACUUUUGGGUUUGGGGAUCCGACAGUGACCACAACUUUGUGGAAUGAACUCUUCCUGUUACUCAGUCUGCCAGCUCUUCGAGUCCUAUAAUGGACCCGGAAAUGUUGAGUACACCAAGUGUUAUGUUAGAAAUGUAUAGUAGGGGUCCACAGCACAUAGAAACUGCCAGAUGCUAACUUACAUAUGUUGGGCAAUUUUGGAGUGGUUCUGGGGCUGAUUGAGGAUGCUGAGUCCAUUUCUGACAUUUCCAGGAUCAACCAUGGCAAUCUUAACCAGAAAGUGGCCAUAUUUGUACUCUCUGUGAGUCGAUUUGUUAAUUUUGAGCUAAUGCUAAUUGUGCAAAUUGCCCAACAUAUGCAAGUUAGCAUCUGACAGUUUCUAUGUGCUGGGGACCCUACUAUACAUUUUCUAACAUAACACGUGUGGGUACUCAACAUGUCUAGGUUCACAGUGCUGGCAGCUAUUCUCUGUGUGCAGUUUACCUUUUAUAUUCCCUGUUGUCGUUUCCUCUCAGUGUUGCACUUUUCCUGUUUCCCCCAAGUGGCUGUCAACAGAUAGAUGUCUCGCGUGGACAACCGGUUACCAGCACUACAGCCUUUAUUUAACAAUUGUUUACAACCAUUCAAGUAUACAGUACCAUGUCCACAGAGACAGGUACCUAACUGUGUGAUUCUGCUGACUCAUGCUUGCUGUUUAUUUCCCACAUUCCCCCCCCCCCCCCACCCCCACACUCACUCCUGCAUACUCCUCUGAAAAUCUCCUGGAGUACUUGUAUUCUUACUGUGAAACAUGACUAAUGGACUGUUAAUCAUUUUGUAAGUUUACUUUUAAUACAUGUCCAAUAUUGCAUAAACAUAUGAUUAAUAUAUAUAUACUUGUUUUAGGUGCAUGUGUAGACUAUCCAGAUUCCUAUCUGUGCACUCAUCCUGAUCAACACGUUGGAGAAUACAUUUUGUACGGUUAUUGUUUUCAUUGUGGAUAUCUUCUUUCUGUUUUUGUGAUAAUGCUUGAAUUGCUGAGUCAUGUGUAUUCUGCAGGUUUUACAGGGUCCAGUUGCUUCUAAAGACAAACCUGAUCUUUCUAUUUGCAAAGCAGUUUGAAGUGAAACUGCUGAAUUGUUCCUAGCAUUGAAUGCACGAUGUACAGAAUGACUUUCAAUGGACAGCAUUUCAAGCUAUUUUAUAUUGUACAUCCUUUUGAAACUAUUUUGAAAGAGAAAAUGUAUUGACAUUUGUAUAUGGCUAUUUGAAUGGAGCGACUGUGGAGCAGCAGUACAUGAUGGUAUGUCUCGUGCAAUAGAAACCUGUCAGACAGCAAUACUUGUAAAAUGAUAAAUGCAUUACCUCCAUAUGGACUGACAGCUCUGGUUUAUAUUAAUUAACAUGUAAUCCAUGUUGUGUACUUCUGAAUGAUAUGCAAUGUUUUUAUAGCUUUGAAAUGACUAUCUACACAUGGAUAAAUAAAUGUUUAAUGAAGA